GCAACGGAUAAACACGGUCUGAAAAUUUAUUCCUGGAAAAAUUACUAUUUUCAGAGACAGUUUUAAAAUAUUUUUCAAAUAGGACCUCGCUCAACGAUAUUACCCUGCUAUAGACAAACCCACGUUGAAACCUCGGUGCGCGGACCGCAGCCCGAGCACCUAAGAUACGCCCCUGCGUUACUUACAACUUUAUGACGGCUGGUUGUCAAAGUAUUUACUAUUUACUAACAAGAAAUUUUCAGUGAAGCAAUACGAAAUACUUUUAUACUUUCUACAAGUACUCAGAGUGAAGUGCCAGUGCCUAUCCCCGGUAAACCGAAUCCACACGCUACAUACAUGAGGCUCGACCUCAAGGAUUUCCCGCUGCCAAUAUCCCGUAUUCCCUAGGACACCAGGACAAUCGUGCUUUUUCUUUUGUUAUUAUUUUUUGAUACCCUUUACAUAUUGUUGCAACGUGAAUCCGGAAAUUGUUCCAAUCCUAUACGGGGCUAAUCUCAUCGCCCUUACUAAAAAGGACGGAGGGGUGAGACCGAUUGCCGUUGGCUGUACUAUAAGACGUCUCGCCUCCAAAAUUGCAGUCAGGUAUAUAAUCUCCAAAUUAAAACCCCUUUUUGAACCUGUACAGCUCGGUUUCGGCAUAAAAGGAGGUUGUGAGGCAGCCGUCCAUGCCUUACGUACUUACCUCACAAAUUCAUCCUGCGAUGUGCUGGUCAAAAUUGAUGUUCGAAACGCUUUCAACUCUGUAAACAGGGACACCUUGCUGACAGAAAUAAAGAAUAACAUACCUGAAAUAUAUAACUACCUUUUGCAUUGCUAUGCUGACCCUACCAAAUUGAUUUACCGCGAUAAUAUGCUAUCUUCAGAAGUCGGCUGCCAGCAAGGUGAUCCUCUCGGACCGGCAAUAUUCAGUUUGGCCAUUAAUCCAAUUAUUCAAAAUUUAAAAUCAAAAUUUAACGUUUGGUAUUUAGACGACGGAACCCUGGGAGGCGACCUCGAAUCCGUGCUAUCAGACCUUUCGAUCAUUAAAUCAAAAUUUGAAACAAUUGGCUUAGACCUAAACUAUAGCAAAUGUGAACUUUUUAUUCAUAACGCCUCUUUAAAUCUUCUGGAUGUAAAGCAAAAAUUUGAUUUCCUUACACCAAACAUUAAAAUAAUAGAUAAAAGCUCUCUUUGCCUCCUUGGGUCUCCUAUUUUUGAAGAAUCCUAUUCAAAUUUCAUUUCCGACACAACUUCUAAAUUCCAAAAUUAUGAAAGUCGUCUUCUCGAAAUUAGUCCGCAUUUCGCUUUAUGUAUUAUUAAAUUCUGCCUCUUUGUACCAAAAUUAAUGUAUGUAAUUCGCUGUUGCUCUUUCUCAAAAUUUCAAAAUUUGUUAAUACCUUUAGACAACAUUAUCAAAAAUAGUUUGGAAUCGAUUUUGAACUUGCAGCUUAGUGAAGAGUCCUGGACCCAGGCAUCCCUUCCCAUUCGUCACGGUGGGAUAGGGAUCCGCAAAAUUUCUAGUGUUUCUACCCCGGCGUUUUUAUCUUCCGUUCAUAGCUCAGCAAUUCUCGUAGGCAAAAUCCUAAGGGCCUGCCCUCCAAACUAUGAGAUUGCUGGCUUAACGGAGUCUAAAAACGCCUGGUCCAUUGCCUGCCCGGGUAAGGAUUUUCCCGAAAAUCCAAAUUCACAAAAGAUCUGGGACGACAUUCAAUGUAAAAUAAUUUACGACGCUCUUUUAAGCCGCAGCACAGGUUCAGCACGCGCCAGACUGCUAGCAGCAGGUUCCAGGGAGUCCGGCGCCUGGCUGCACGCCUUCCCGUCGGUACAUACCGGAACCUUCCUGGAACCGCACACUCUGCGCGUUGCUGCCUGUCUGCGUCUCGGCGUCCGGGUUUGCGCUCCACAUAGGUGCCCCUGCGGCACUGACGUCGACGUCCUCGGACACCACGGACUCUCCUGCCAAAGGAGCGCCGGCCGCUUCUCUAGACACGCCGCGCUCAACGACAUUCUCCGCCGGUCUCUUGCCAGCGUCAAUGUGCCAGCUCUACUCGAGCCCCCCGGCAUUAUAAGAGAUGAUGGUAAGAGACCGGAUGGAAUGACACUAAUUCCGUGGAAGUUGGGACGGGUGCUGGUGUGGGACGCCACCUGUGUAGACACCCUAGCCCCGUCUCAUCUCCACGGCACUUCUGCUAAGGCUGGCGCGGCGGCAGAGGCGGCCGAAAAAUUAAAAAAGACUAAAUAUAGGGGUCUCGGCACCGAAUAUAAUUUCGUACCAUUUGGCGUCGAGACCCUUGGUCCGUGGGGUCCGAGCGCCUUUAACCUUUUUAAGGAAGUUUCUAAAAGGAUUAGAGAGGUCACUGGUGACCGCAGAGCUGGCAGCUUCCUCGCUCAAAGAAUUAGUCUUGCGAUACAGCGAGGAAAUGCUGCUAGCAUCUACGGCACCAUGCCGCAGGGGGAUAGUUUUAUUUUAUUUUAAGUCUAGUUUUAUUUAUUUUUAGAUCUAGGUUUUUAAGUUUUGUAGUUUAGUUUUUAGUAUAUUUACCAAAUAA